CGUACGUUCCGUGCCGUAUGCUGCAAGCAGAUACAUAAUUCGGAAAUAGCUUUGCCGUAACAUUGUCGAAAUUCUUGCGCUCGUUGUGCUGCGAAAGAAAAAGAAUUCCAGUUUGGCAGGCAUGUGGCCUGGAAUUGCGUUUAUUUGUUGUUGCUUUAGUGCAGUUUUGGUGCGCGACAGUUUGCAGCAGCAGCAAAUCAACAUUGGCGCUUUUUUCUACGACAAUGAACUGGCGCUGGAGAAAGAAUUUCUGGCUGUGGUGAACGCCAUUAACGGCCCCGAGGCGGAGCAAACUUUCACACUAAACCCACUGAUAAAACAUCUGAAUCCCGAGGAUGGCAGCGUCGCGUUGCAGGAGCAUGCAUGCGCUUUCAUAGAUGAUGGUGUCGCUGCUAUUUUUGGACCAAGUUCACAAGCGGCAAGUGAUAUUGUUGCCUUAAUUUGCAACAACACCGGCAUACCGCACCUCGAAUUCGAUGUGGCCGACGAUGAGCAUUUAAAUGAUAAGCCCAAUCAUCAGAUGACAUUGAAUCUAUAUCCCUCACAGCUUAUACUGUCCAAGGCCUAUGCGGAUAUAGUGCUAAACUUUGGCUGGCGCAAAUUUACCAUUGUCUAUGAUGAUGAGGAUGCUCAAGCCAGAGCUCGCUUACAGGAUUUGCUGCAAUUGCGUGAUAUGCAUAACGAUGUGGUGCGUGUGCGUAAAUUCCAUAGAGACGACGACUAUAGGGUUAUAUGGAAGAGCAUUAAAGGCGAGCGACGUGUGGUGUUGGAUUGCAAGCCAGAUAUGCUCGUCGAGCUUUUGAAUUCCUCCUCAGAGUUUGGGCUAACGGGUGUAUUCAAUAACGUAUUUCUGACUAAUCUGGAUAGUUAUACCGACAAUCUGGAGGAGCUCACAGCGGAUAAUGAAACCUUUGCCGUGAAUAUAACCGCAGUGCGUUUGCUAGUGAAUGCCGAACAGCCAGCUCAUGUCGACCCGUAUGGCCUGGUGACCCAAAGAGAUUCUGUUGUGUUUGAGAGCUUUGAGCCGGAGCGCAUGCUGUUGCAGGAUCUGUUGCACGAUUCACUGCAGCUGUUUGCACAGGCCUGGCGUAAUGCCAGCUACUUUUAUCCGGAUCGCAUGAGCGUGCCGCGUUUGAGCUGCGAUUUUAACGCGGAGGGGCGUGGCUGGCAAAUGGGCCGCUAUUUGAUGCGUUUGAUGAAGGCGACUUCCGGCGUGAAUAGCACAAACUUUCGCAGCAGCAAUUUGCAGUUUGACGAGGAUGGACAGCGCAUUAACUUCAAUAUUGAGAUUUAUGAUCCGACGGAAAAUGUGGCCGUGGCCGUGUGGGAUACGCGUGGCCAAAUAACGCAGCUAAAUGUGGACCUGAAGGUGCAGAAGCGUGUGGUCUAUCGCGUUGCCACACGCAUUGGUCCGCCCUACUUUUCGUAUAAUGAGACGGCGCAAAAGUUGAAUUUGACGGGCAAUGCCAUAUACCAAGGCUAUGCGGUGGAUCUAAUUGAUGCCAUUGCGCAGGAGGUGGGCUUCGAGUAUAUAUUUGUGCCUGUGGCGGAUCGACAGUACGGCAAACAGGACAAGGAUACGAAGCAAUGGAAUGGCAUCAUUGGUGAAAUAGUUAAUAAUGACGCACACAUGGGCAUCUGCGAUUUGACCAUUACCCAAGCUAGACGCACAGCUGUGGACUUUACGGUGCCGUUUAUGCAGCUGGGCGUGAGUAUUUUGGCUUACAAGAGUCCGCAUAAGGAGAAGGAGCUGCACGCUUAUCUGGAGCCCUUUGGCGGCAUGGUAUGGAUAUGGAUACUCAUAUCAGUGUUUGCCAUGUCCUUCUUGAAAGUUAUUAUAGCACGCAUUGCCAAGGAGGAAUGGGAGAAUCCACAUCCCUGCAAUCACGACCCAGACAGCUUGGAGAAUCAAUGGCAUCUGCAUAAUACCUUCUGGCUAACGGUGGCGUCUAUAAUGACAGCAGGUUGUGACAUUCUGCCGCGUAGUCCGCAGGUGCGCUUCUUUGAGGCCACCUGGUGGAUAUUCGCCAUUAUUAUUGCCAACUCGUAUACUGCCAACUUGGCUGCCUUUUUGACCAGCUCCAAAAUGGAGGGCAGCAUCACCAGCCUCAAAGACUUGAGUGCACAGAAGAAAGUUAAGUUUGGCACCAUUCAAGGCGGUAGCACCUACAAUCUGUUGGCCGAGUCCAAUGAAACGGUUUACCGCUUGGCUUUCAAUCUGAUGAGCAACGAUGAUCCCUCCGCCUUUACCAAGGACAACGAUGAGGGCGUAGAUCGUGUGCUCAGCAGCUUGGGCGAGUAUAUGUUCCUCAUGGAGACCACUACGCUCGAAUACAAUCGGGAGCAGCACUGCGAUUUGCGUGUGGUGGGCGAAAAGUUUGGCGAGAAGCAUUACGCCAUAGCUGUGCCCUUCGGUGCCGACUAUCGUUCCAAUUUGAGCGCCUCCAUCUUGCGUUUGAGUGAACGCGGCGAGCUCUACAAUCUCAAGCAAAAAUGGUGGAAGAAUACAAACUCCAGCUGCUCGGAGGAGCCCGAUCCGGAUGCCACACCUGACAUGGACUUUGAAGCAUUGCGUGGCAUCUUCUAUACCCUCUAUGUGGGCAUCUUGAUAGCGUUUCUCAUUGGCAUCAUAGAGUUCCUGGUCUAUGUGCAGCAGGUGGCGCUUGAAGAGCGGCUCACCUUUAAGCAGGCCUUCAAUAAGGAAAUACGCUUUGUGCUCUGCGUGUGGAACAACAAGAAGCCCAUAACAAGUGGUUCACCCGUCUCUAGUGUGCGCACAACGCCGCGGCAAUCUAUCGAGAAGUCAUUGGAGCGCACUCCAAAGUCGGCGCGACGCAUUGUGCUGGGUCGCUCUUCCGAAGAGAUGCGUGAGUUGCCAGCGCCGCCAGCAAAAGCCAACAAGGAGGAAGAGCCAUGAGGAUGAGCAGUAUGAAGCAUGAAGAUGAAGCGCGUGUCUGAGCUAAAGUUGUUGUUGUUGUUGCUGUUGUUAUUAAGUUAUUUGCAAUAAAAUUGUGCGCUU